AUGCGCGCAGCUACACGCCUCCUAGCAAAAGCAAGUACCGUUGGUACGCCCUCCGGCGGUCUCGGUGUCGUUCCUCACGCCCUUCUCCCACCGAUUCCGCUCUACCGACGCCUACUUCGUGGACACCGAAAGCACCUGCCUCCAGAGAUGCGUGUGUUGGGAGAUGAAUAUGUCAAGAGCGAGUUCCGGGCACACAGAAAUGUCGACAACCCAAUUCAUAUCAUCGGGUUCCUCACAGAAUGGCAAGGAUACGCACAACAGAUUGAGGGCGAGAAGUGGAGAGGAGAGAAGAUGGACAAGGCAAAGAUUGACAAGAUGAGCGACGAGCAGAUUGCCCAGAUGUACGAGCUCAUGCAAGCCAUCAGAAAGCAAGAGCUGGAGGAGAACGAUCCAGAGUUCCAGGCCGCGACUGGCCAGAUUCCUGACAAGAAAGACUAG